AUGUCUACGACUUCGACGACCAAGAAAUCUAGCAAGAGAAUGUCUACGACUUCGACGACCAAGAAAUCUAGCAAGAGGGAUGAGUAUACCUCUCAUGCUUGCACAGAGUGCCAGCGACGCAAGGUCAAAUGUUCUGGACAAUCCCCAUGCCACAACUGUCUCGGUAGAGGUGCUGAAUGUAGUUAUCAAGAUCCAUCAAAUGGAUCUAGCAAGAGGAAGCGAAAGAGAGCGUCAUCAAAUCCAAAUAAACGCGCAGUUCUCUCGUCGAUUGUGCCCACCUCUGCGUCAGAGGAGACAGCACUUCUCAAGGAGCAGCUCCAACGACUGCAACAAGGCCUGGAUACCUUGAUGAUGCGGCAAUCGCUUAGCUUCGACUUUCUCAGUUCGCACAACACUCCGCCACAGACGGGUAUCUUGACACUUCCACCAGAUGAACCAUUGAAUCAAUCUAUCGAGGUAUUUGAACCGCGGAGUGCAGCAGACAAUCUUGGAGAAGAAUCACCGAGCUCUUGUCAAGAUGAGGUCACCUAUGCCGAGACUGACACCUUUGUCCCCGGGAACAAAUGGCUGAACCGAUUCGCUGUUGCUUCGCAGAUUUGUGAUCUACGCUCUAGUGUCGGCGCAGAUCCUGUUCUCCCAAAUACAGCUCCCGCCAAGACCUUUACCGUUGUGCUCCCUUGCCCUAGGGACCUGACGCAGGCAAUUAAAAUAGGCCUGGCUGAGAUCGACUGCUUAUUUCCUUCCAUCCAUAGGACGAGGCUGGUAGAAACAAUUUCACGAACCUUGGAGGCGCUGUGCUACUCUUCUACUACCCAGUCUAUCGUCGUGACGGAACAGCAUCACUUGAUUAUAUCAAUUCUUCUCGUCAUCACUGCAGCUGCACAGCUCCUUGACGAAAAAGCCGCUCUCGAUAUGUAUCCAGACAAGGCGUGGCCUGGCUCAGAAGCUUAUUGGCAGAGUAGGAAGCUCGUUCAGCACUUUGAAGGAGGCAGUGAGCUGCAGACACAUUGUGUCGUCUAUCACUGCAUUUCCGCGGCGUAUCUCCUAGCAGCAGAGAGGUUACGUCUUGCCUCGACACACGUACUUAAUGGGCUUCAUUCCGCUGUCAGUUUGGGGUUAGGCCAAAGCCACAGAUUUCCGACAUCGUCAGAGGACGUUGUAGAUACCCUGGCAUUAUGGGUUCAUCUCGAUUUCCUGGACAAGCGCAUCACUCAGAAAUGUGGCAUUCCAUACUUUGUUGGAAACAGUCUGGGGCAUGUGGACUUUGAACACGAGACCAGUCCUCACAUCAACAUGAAGGACAAGGCGUACCUGAAGACCAUUUUCAGUCAUGCUAGGCUUUGGGCAUCGAUAUGGGAUGGGUUUCUGGCUCCCAAUGCCCCGUUGGCGAGCGAUUGGGUUGAGAUCCAAGCAUUUGAUGCCAAGCUCCUAGCUUUUAGGGAGCAAUACCCCGACAUUCUACCAUGGAUCGGGGAGUCAGUGGACGGCGCCAGUUUCAAAUCUCCUUCUGAGACAGAAGAUCGACGGCGUCUUCUUGUUUUCCUGGUAAGUCUCGAAAUGGAAGCUGCACGUGAUGAGUAA